UCAUUUUGUGGUGUGGAAUUUUUGUAUGGCUUUUGGACAAACAGUCUUGGACUGAUUUCGGAUGGUUUUCAUAUGUUGUUCGAUUGCUCGGCGCUGGUUAUGGGUUUGGUUGCAGCGGUGAUGUCUAGAUGGCCUGCAAGUCGAAAUUAUUCAUACGGUUACGGCAGAGUGGAAGUGCUCUCAGGCUUUAUCAAUGCGCUCUUCUUGAUUGUAAUAGCGUUCUUCAUAUUUCUGGAAGCAUUGGAACGAUUGUACGAUCCUCCGGAUAUUAGUACCGAUAAACUGAUGUGGUUAUCGCACUCAGCGCAGCCGAUACCAGCACCGUGUCCAAACGACAGAUGUGUACCGUAG